ACUGAUGGGCCAGCAGCUUAGCGUAAGUAUACAUAGACACGUCAACUUGCAAGCGCCUUUCUUGCAGCUCUUUUCCAUCUCAAUUUAUCACCUGGUAGUCAUUAGUAACUGUCAGUCUUGGUCACCAUGACCAUCUCAGACUACCUGGUCACAGACGACCUCACCGUUCUUCUCGGCUUCAUCGGGGUAUCUGUAUUCCUCCUCCAGAACCUCUACAAACCACAGCCUCUCGUCCAUCCAAUUCUCCUAGGUCGGCAAAGUGAUGCAGGGCGUGUGAGGCAUCCAGGCGAGAGCACUGUUUACCGCAACUAUGGGACAGGGCUCAUGGGCAGGUUCCCUGUCCGACCCGACAAAGACGUGAAUAUUGUGACUGACUUCGUGAAACCUGAAUUUGAUGCACCGCGUACUCUAUGGUCUACGAAAAUCACAAAUGCUCAGCUGAAAGCGCGGGUUUCAGCUUUCGGUUCGGGGAUUGCUACGCUUGUCCCAGAGGAUUCAACUGUUUUGAUACUGCUUAAUGAUUCCAUUGAAUUCAUUAUCACUGACCUCGCACUCUCGGAGCAGUCCAUUGCUUCCAUUACUCUGAGCUCCCCCAAGCUACUCAAGCGAGUCCUUGAGAUGCACCCGCCUAAUGCCAUCAUCACAGACAAUACUUUUCUGACGCAUGUUGUUAAGGCCGCUCAGGAUGCACACGAGUUCAAUCACAGGCUUAUUGUGGUUGACUGGUUGCCGCAACCUUCGGAGCUCGACAUACGCCCCUGGAAUGUUAUUGAAUCUUAUGGCAAGGUUUCUCAAGCCCCCAAAAACGCUCCUCAGUCCGGUAGUGCAUACACCGUCUCAUUCUUCGAGACUCCGUCGGGGGGUAUGCGAUGUGUGCAGCUUUCGCACGAGAAUUUCACCUCCGGAGUGACAGCAAUCAGGGCACUCUUCCCCGCUACCAUCAAUAUUUCUACUCUAGACACCAUCGUCUCUGGUCAUUCUUUGAGCACACCAUACGGACGUGCUAUUGCCUACGCAGCUCUUUUCGAAGGCGCGAGUUUUGCCACUCUACCGUCGACAAGCGUCUUCCGUGAUAGUGAUGCACCGGCUCUAGAUGUAGCUGACGUUCUCUCUGCGACCAAGUUCCCGAUACCUUCACCUACAGUCCUCUUCCUCAAACCCGAACACGUCCAAUCGAUUGCAUCUUCGGUGAUAAGCCGUGCGAAGAAGUCUCUCUUCUUCCCUUUGGCAUGGCGGCACAAAUUUGCUAGCCUUACAGAAGGAUUUGUUGCCAAGGACAGUCUAUGGGAUCGUACCGUCUUCAGUAGUGCACGGGAAGAUGUACUUGGGAAAAUGGCUGACACAGUGAAGGCGGUUGUGACCAGUGGCGGACCUUUACCGUCUGACACGCUUGUGCCUGCUCGCUUGGCGCUCUCCAUUGCAUUGAUCAAUACAUAUACGCAUGGCUCUGCUGCUGGUCCUCUCUUUGCCACACAUGCAUUUGAUCUGCAGAUGCUCCCUUCUUCAUCUCCGACUGCCGAACCUGCACAUGUUGGGGCUCCAAGUGUCAAUGUCGAGGCAAAACUCGCCGGUGUAAAAGACGACGUAGUUGAACAGGGUGGGGACCCCAUUGGCGAACUUUUGGUUCGAGGACCGUCGGUGGGCAACAUGCUGUCGGCUGAUGGAGAGGCUGGGGAGAAAAAUGCUUGGGUAAAUACAGAAGAAAUAGCACGCGCGAUGACGAAUGGUGCGUUCAAAGUUCUUGGCUCUUUGUGAAAUUAUUGUUGUAGAAUUAUCUGGUUGCUUGUCUUGAUGUUUAUACAGUGCUGUUGUGCAAUCCCACCAAUAUGGCCCCAUCUAGAGUUCUUGGCAAAUGGAUACUAGGUGUCAUAUCACGAUUUACAGAGGAUGCCUGCUCAGUCAUACAUCUUCUUGACACUCCACUGACGCCCUCAUCAGAUGAAGAUGGUGGAAAUCAUGAACUGACUAGUCGUUCUGAUGAACUCCGUGAUGUCAUGAUGCACACCCGGCUCCAACGUGUCACCCGCAAGCGUGGACCCAC